AUCUUCCUGAAGGCGGCGGGGAUUUGCUCACGUCGCCGGAUCCGGAGCCCAGUGUGUCGGGAGGGAGUGUGUGAAGGGAGAGGACGUGCAGUUGUUACGUGUAACUCUCCCUCCGCCCCGCUCUAGGUUGAUGCUGAGUUGCCGGAGUCACUGGAAUGUGUAAUCCAGCUACAAGUAGCCUUUGAGAUUAGUUUUAUUUUAAUUACACAAAUUCUGAUGAAAUCUUCACCACUGCUGAGCGGCUGGUUUAGUAUGAGAGCGUCACUUUUCGUGGGACGAAGUUAAUUCUGGCAUCGAAAGGUUCCCCCACCCCAACCCCUUAAAACAAAACCCUCACCCUCUCCCUCUCCUUCUCCCUCUCCCUCCGCUGCCGCCGAGUCUGGGCUCUGCACUAACCAUGAGGAAUUUCCGCAGGCCGAAGUUCAUGAGUUCGCCCAGCCUCUGCGAGCUGGGCAAGAGCGAGCAGGCGGCCUUGGAGGAGCGGGGGACCCAGCAGAGACGCGCCGGCUCCAACGCCACCUGGAACAGCAUACAGAAUGCUGUGAUCGCUGUUUUCCAGCGGAAAGGUUUACCUGAUAAUGAACUUUAUAAUCUCAACGAGGGGGUCAGGCAGUUGUUGAAAACUGAGCUUGGAUCUUUCUUCACAGAGUAUCUUCAGAACCAACUACUGACUAAAGGCAUGGUGAUUUUGAGGGACAAAAUACGAUUUUAUGAAGGACAGAAAUUACUUGACACGGUGGCUGAAGUUUGGGACUUUUUCUUUUGUGACAUCCUUCCGAUGCUCCAGGCAAUAUUUUACCCUGUCCAGGGGAAGGAACCCACUGUCCGGCAAAUAGCUCUGCUGCAUUUCAGGAAUGUAAUAACACUAAAUGUGAAACUGGAAGACGCUCUGUCACGCCCACGUGCAAGGGUCCCACCUUCAAUCAUUCAGAUGCUGCUUAUAUUACAGGGAGUUCAUGAAUCCAAGGGGGUUGUCAGGGAUUACCUGCGGUUGGAGUUGCUGAUUCAGAAGGUGGUGUCUCCAUACCUGGGAACAUACGGUCUACACAUGGGAAAUGAACAAGUUACACACUCGGCAUGUUUUCUAGAAAAAAAGUUCUUUCCACGUUGUUCCAAAUCAAAUGAACUUUUGACCAAGAACCCAGUGGUGCGCUCAAAGAGCUACAACAAUCCAAUGCUAACACCUGUCGCAGAAUAUGAAAGUGAAGGAAGCCUCAUAAAUGGCACUAGCAUCAGAAGGCACUCUGUAUCAGAAAUGACCACUUGCAAUGAGUCUGAAGGCUACUUAAAUUGUAGUCCGUGUGUUACAAGCCCCACUUUAGAUCCCAUGUCCAUUAUGACUGCCACAGCAACAAGAAAUCACUCUCCAGGAGAGCAAGAGCGGACCAGCAUAACAGCCAUAAGUGAACUUCUCCAGUGCAAGACUUUGAGUGAACCCAUUAUCAGCCAACAGCAGACUGUGUUCCAUAUUGAGGAUCCAAGAGAUGCCCAAGAUAAUGCCUUUAAGUUGUCAAAUAGCCCCUCACUGAUACCAGCAACAUCAUCCAGUCCUGAAAGCACAGUGGACAACAUUUUGGAAUCAGAGGGGAUUUUUCUUGACUUUGGUCACAGGUGUUCAGAGACACCGACGUACAGCAGAGAGAUGAGCAGACAAAGUGUGGUGUGAUAUUAAGAAUGACAAAGCCAGUAACGUAAUAAUGCAAUAAACAAAGAACCCACAACUGCAGUCAAAUUGUUGCUGUUGCACUGCCGGUUAAUGGGCAAGCGUUUUUCAAUUCAUUAAACCGAAGAGAAAGAACACUUGUGAUAGUUGAUCUGAAAUUGAAGUAUGACACCUAGAAUCCAUUGUUAACACUGGUGACACGUGAUGCCUGCAACAAAUUCAUCUGGGCCUGAGGCUCUGUGUUGUUAUGUAUAUUACUGAACACCAUCACCAUCUCCAGCCUGAGUGAAGAUGGGAGACAAAGCCCUCAUUUUCAAAUGUCUUGCUUUCUUCCUGCCCCAUUAAUCUGUCCUUGCAGUGAAGACAAGCUAAUCAAUGAGGACUGCGGGUGCAUUUCUGUAGUGUACAACUCUAACAGUAUUGUGUGAGUUCAUUUGGAGUUAAUACUUGCACUAGAUUUGCAUCUUGCUGCAAUUCCAGCUGAUGGCAGAGUUGUAAGAACUUUAAGUGCCAGAAAGAGAUUAUUUUAAUGAAGUACUUUUUAAAGAAAUUAGGAUUCAAUGUGAUUAUUUUUUAAGUCCACAAUAAUUGAUAGCAAUGUUGAGCAAUACAUCAAGCCUACCUUUUGAUUUAAAAAGCCAGAUAAAUUUUGACAUGUAUCGAAUAAAAUGCAUUCACAAAUCACCUUCCUUUACCUAUUGCACACAUUUAUCAAUCAUUUCACACAGCUGGAUAACUCAUCAGGUCUAAGGUUUGUAAAUUUUUAAAAUUUCUCCUGAUUCACAAGCAUAGCCUCGCACAUAUAAUUUAUCUAUUAAAAAGAGUAAUUUGAGCUUGUAAUAAAAUCUAUUGAACUGCCAAUUUGUGGCAGCUUAGGAGAGUAUCAUGAUUUCUAUUUCAUUACUUGAGAAUGGGACCCAACAGAAGUUCUAUACAAAGAAUUCCAGAUAAAAUAAUUGCUCCAAGACUCAACUAGCCAUUCAGUAACAAGAACAAGUGAAGGAUGUUGGCAUGUGCACAGAAAUUACCCUGUAAAAAAGAAAUCAAUAGAAUUGCUUUCUUCAAUGCUGCCUGAUAGGUAUGCACAAUAUUUUCUGUCAGUGCUGUGGGAUCCUUUAUAAAAUACCUAGAUGAGGAUUGCAUUUUGUCAUUUAUGUGUAACACAAGGGUCGGUAAAGAAAGAUGGUGAAUCUUGACACCGAUUUUCCCUAAAGAACUUCUCAAAAAAAUUAAACAUGGGUCAGCCCAGACAAUGAAAUUGAUGUCUUGCUCCUCUAAUACCCAAUACAAAGCAGAAAACCUGAAAACACAGUCAAAAUAGAAUCUGUGUACCUUUGUUUAAGAAUGGCAGCAGGGAUAAACCAGGUAAUUACAGGCCUGUUAGUCCAAUGUCAGUGGUUGGGAAAUUAUUGGAAAAAAAUUAAAAUGAGAGGAUUAAUCUACACUUAAAAAGGCAGAGAUUGAUCAAGGAUAGUCAAUAUGGAUUUGUUGGUGGAAGAUCCUGUUCAACUAAUUUAAUUGAGUUUUCUUUUGAUGAGGUAACUAAAUAUAUUGAUGAGGGCAGUAUGGUUACAUGAACUUUAAUAAGGCCUUUGACAAGAUCCCACAUGGAAAUGCUGGUCUAAAAAGGUUAGAGCUUAGCAAGUUGGCAAAUUAGAUUCGAAAUUGCCUUGGUAGUAAGUGACAGAGGGUGAUGAUGGAGGGCUGUUUUUGUGAUAGCCAGUGACCAGUGAUGUACAACAAGGAUCUGUGCUGGGACUCUUGCUGUUUGUUUUGUACUUAAUUGUGAAUAUAGGAAGUAUGAUUAGUAUGUUUGCAUAUGACAUGAAAAUUGAUGGUGCUGUUGAUAGUGAGGAGGGUGUACAAUAGGCUUCACAAUAAAGCUCAGCUGGUAAAUUGGGCAGGCAGUGGCAGAUGGAACGUAAUCCUGAUCAGUGUGAGGUGAUGCAUUUUGGGGAGGGGGAGUCAAACAAGGGCAGGACAGACCAUGAAUGGUAGGGGCCGAGGAAGUAUUAGGGAAACAAAGGGACCUCUGUGUACAAGUCCAAGAUUCCUGAUGGUAGUAGCACAGUAAGAUAGGCACAAGAUAUCUUUACCUUUAAUAGUUAGGCAUUGAAUAUAGAGAAAGGAGGUCUUGGUACAACUAUAUAAACCAUUGGUUAGGCCACAGCUGGAAUAUUGUGUGCCGUUCUGGUUGUAACACUAUAGAAAGGAUAUGACUGCACUGGAGAGGGUGCAGAGGAAAAUGUUUCCUAGCAUGGAAAAUUUCAGGUAUGAAGAUGGGCUGGGUUUGUCUUCCUUGGAACAGAGUAGGUUGAGGCAGAAUCUGAGGUAUAUGAAAUUAUAAGCAGCAUAGAUAGUACAAAAUGUUUCCUCAUGGCAGCAGUGUCCAAGACAUGAGGGCAUAGGUUUAAGGUGAGGAAUAGGUGGUUUAAAGGGGAUCUGGGAGGGUGGGGAGGAGGUGGUGGUGGUGGAGGCAGGUACUCUCACAACAUUUCAGAAACAUUGGACAAGCACUGGCAUUGUCAAUGCAUAUUAUGCUGCAGACCAAUUAGUACAGAUAUAGUGGGCCAAAGGGCCUGGUUCUGUGCUGUUUGGCUCUAUGACAAUAAGCAGUUAUUAAAACAAUAACCAAUUCUGUGGAUUCUACACAGGGAGAGAUGAUGUUUACCUUCUUCACAGAUGAAGCAACCUUCCGUGAAGGUUCUGUAUUCAAAAUUAUUGUGAUGAAGCAAGCUUCAUCGUCACUUUUGUUGGAAAGGAUAUACACUGAAAUCUCUAAAACAGUGUAUUCAUGUUUGUAUCAACAGUUUUAUUCUAUGUUCAUCUCUUUUGUGCUGCCCUCUGUGAAGGUGUUGAUCAAAGUACCAAGCAUCUCAGACAACUAAUUCAUUUUAGGCCAUUUGACUACAGAGACAUUCCUACCAACUCCAACGAUACCUUUCCCAGGAAUCGGUGGCAAUCAGAUGCUAGAGCUGCUAAACCCAAUUAUAGUAACCUCACCAUAGCUUUGAUUAACACAGUGCAGUUGAGUUCAAACCCGAGACAAAUGUGUAUGGUUCAGCUGCUGACUGGCUGAACUUCCCAUAGGUGAAGCUGGCCACAAAACAUUGACGUCACUGUUGAGCACAAAUUGUACGAGUGUACACUUGGAUGCUGUGACUUUUUUUUUAAAUUGUCAACAUUUUGUACUACUGCAUUAAAGAUGCAUGACCUAUCAUGUGCCAAGUACGGUUGAAAUAUAUUGCAAUAAAUAAAGGGAGUAGAGAUGAGUCAGCAGACACUUAGUUUAAAGAAGAACUAUACACGUUACAUUACAGGCUACACUAUUUGCUUAAUAGAAUCCUGGGGUCUGCGGUGUGUCUGCUUUCCUUACUAUGAAUGUACUCUUAUGUGACUGACAUCUAUUUACAAUUGUAAACUAUUCUGCAAAAUUGGUACCACAUAUGACUAGUGAAAAUUAAUGAACAGUAAAGCUUAAUGGCAUUCAUUUAAGAAUUGUCUAGUUGAUUAAAUGCAUUGUUUAAAAAAAAUGAUCACAAACUUGCAAUGGAAAUCUACCUGCAUUAUUUAUAUUUCAUCAAGCAAGAAUGAAAGCUUGUUUAGGGUUGUUCCAGUUCAUGAUUUUUUUUAUUUAACAAUGCCUGCACUGAUCACUGUAC